GAGAGAGGCGGAGGAACUACUGCAGGGAAAAAAGUUAAAAGUAAAAUGGCUUCCUUGUCUUUGGACUCUGAGGAACAAUCACCAAAGACCAAAGACGAGCAUACACCAGCACAUGUCAAAGAAGAGGAAGAUUUCGGCCGAUCUGUUGCAUCGGAAAAACAAAGUUUACAGAAUUCGGAGCUGAGCUUUUCCACUGACCAAGUGUCGUGUCUGUGCGAGGCCCUUCUGCAGGCGGGUAAUGUGGAUCGCCUGUGGAGAUUUCUCUCCACGAUUCAUCCCUCGUCCGAGCUGCUACGUGGCAAUGAGACCCUUCUCAAGGCCCAGGCUCUGGUGGCUUUCCACCGCGAAGAGUUCAAGGAGCUUUACGCGAUUCUGGAAAGCCAUGACUUUCACCCGUCUAACCAUGGGUUCCUGCAGGACCUGUACCUGAAGGCUCGCUACAAAGAAGCAGAGAGGUCCCGGGGCCGCAGCCUGGGUGCUGUGGAUAAGUACCGUCUCAGAAAGAAGUUUCCCUUGCCCAAAACAAUAUGGGAUGGAGAGGAGACCGUGUACCUGCUCAAAGAGAAAUCACGUAAUGCACUAAAAGAAUGUUAUAAAAGCAACAGGUAUCCCAGUCCGGACGAGAAGAAAAACCUGGCCAAAGUUACAGGAUUAUCUCUCAAACAAGUGAGCAACUGGUUCAAAAACCGGAGACAGAGGGAUAGGACCCCGUCUGGGACACACAGCAAAAGUGAGUCUGAUGGUAACCACAGCACAGAGGAUGAAGCAAGUGCCAUGGACGAUGUCCCAGAGCAGUUAGAGGAGCCUUCAUCUAUCAUCUCUUUUUCUGCAGUUUCUGGUAACACAGGAGGGCCGCUCAUUCUGAAUGGAUCCAGUGGAUUUCUCACUGCUCCUCAGCCUAUUCUCCUAAAUGGGAAUUCCCUUAUUUCUGGUGCUGGAGGUGGAGUCCUCAUUAAUGGCUUAAACCUUGGGGACUGUCAAACUGUAACACUAAGUCCUGUUGCAGGGAACUCUUCUUUGAUAUUAGAUGGUUCUCAGGUAAUGACAAAACCAAAUGUACAGCCACAGCAUACACUAACAGUAGCAAAACAGGAGGAUGAGCUUGAUGUAGACAAGCCUGUCAUUGUUGCCACAAAUACAACACAUGCCUCAAACCCACCAUCAGUUAUUUCUAUGCCAAUCAAGACAGACAGAGACACAUUGGACUUCAUCAGCAUUCCUAAAGAAAGGCAGACCAAACCUAAUAUACUACGCCACCAUACUGACUCUUCGUCUUUUUUAACAUCUACACCCUUUUCAUCCACUGUAAACAGUGCGCCAAAGUUACUGUUAACACAAACAACCAAAAAUCAGGAACUGAUCUCUCUUCCAGCAUCUAUAGCAUCUGCAAGAACAGUCAUUUCUUCAUCUCUCUGCAGUCAGGAGGGCAACUUUGUUGUUUUUGCCACUACCAGCUCCACAAUAACCGCCUCUAGCUCAGUUGUUUCGUCCACUCCCUCCCCCUCUCAGGUCCUCUCUCUCCCCCAGGUAGUUCCUUCUAUUCAAGGCAUACCUGUCUCCCAGCUGGUACAACAUUCUUCAGCCACUCAGGGGUCCCAGUGUCCUCAGUUGGUCCCUGUGUCUCCACUUUCACCCCCAACUUCACUGUUGCAAAGCACAAUAACUGCAGACCACAGACUACAUCAGCAUGAGGCAGCGUCAACUCUGCCUGAAGUUGGUAUAACCACAGUGUCCAUUUCACAACAUGCUACAAAUCAGCUUUCACAGCAGUUAAGUAGUCAACUGGUGGACCAGAAUGGUCCAAUUGCUGCAGUUGGAAAAAUACAAGUUCCACAACUCCUUUCCAUUUCUUCUCCAACACAAGUGUUUCCCACUCCCAAAGGGGCUCAUGCACAGUUGGUGUCUGUUUCACUGCCACAGCUGGUUCCAGUUUCAUCCAUCCAAACAUCUAACACAAUCUCGUUUCCACAAGUGGUGCCUGCCACCCCAUCACUGACCGUGUCUUCUGCUGGACCACCUGUACAGAUUCUGGCAUCUGGCCCCACUGCUCCUAGCCUAGGACAGGCCCCCCUAAGGAUCAACACCAUCAGCCCUAUUCAAACUGUAGCUUCUCCAGCCAGUGUGGCUCCCAGUGUGCAGCUGUUAAACUCUGGGAUCAUUCAACUCCCUGCAACUCCACCAGGCAACCUGCUCCUCAGUGGAAGUCCAUUCUUAAGUGUUCAGCAAGGCAAGCUAAUAUUGACAAUUCCAGCGGGAAUUCAACUUACAGGUUUGUCCUCAAAACCAGAGGUUUCCUCUGUGUCCAGUAAUGGGGUUGGCCCUUCAGUUGCCUCACAACCUUUAAGUAUGCCAAGUUUAACUAGCAGUUUUACAACAUCUGCCUUCACUACAAGCCAGACACCAAUCCACUCUACUACAGCAUUAGAGCACUCACUUUCCACCACCCCCCAAAAUGCCCUCACCCCAGAGAGCAUGCUAACCCUUUGUCCCACAUAUAGUGGAUUGACAUCAAAUGCACAACUGUCUCAUUCUGCCUCUGCCUGGAGCCCAGCAUCAAAUAUGUCUCAGCUGUUUGAUGUCCGUGGCAAAAGUGAUCUUCAUGUUGAUCCGUCUUUGUUAGCAGGCCUGUCUGGAGGGGAAUCCCUGCUUCUCGGGAGCCCUUCUCCUGAGCAGGGAAUGGAUACCAGCUCACCACUUGCUAGCUCAGAGGACAUUGAAGGCGAGUCCAAAAUUCUUACACAACUACAAUCUGUGCCUGUUGAUGAUGAUGAUUUGGGUCUGUAGACCUUACUUCAUCCUCAACAAAAAUUUGUUAGUGCCUGUAGAGUCAAACCUUUUGGUAACAUCAUUAUAAAGCACUGCUCACUCAAACCUUAGUGGCACUUUUAAGUUCUAAACUUAAAUUUGUGGUGACCAGAAUAUAAAAAUCACAGGAUAUUGUGUACCUUUAUGUAUGUUUGGUGUGCAUUAACCAUUUUAAUGUCAAAAUGGGGAGAGCAUAGAUUUUUCCCACACCUGCAUGAUUAUUAUUUAUGUUACUUGGGUGACUGAUGUUGACCCGCCACAUUGCUAUUUUCUAUGAAGUAAAUGCAAUGUUUUGGUACUACAUAGGAUAAAAUGACUUCAUAAUCUUUGAUGAUGAAAUCCUUUAGGAAACACAGUGGUGCAUUACAAUUUGAUGUUUGCAGUCUUGUUGAUAUUGUGAUUUUCACAAGUGCCUUAAAUUGUAUUAUAGGUUUGUAUAUUUUGCACAUUGCAUUUUUAGUGUUUACACUAAAGUUCACAUGGUUACAAAGGGCAGAUUUUAUACUGACUGUUUUUUCCUUUUUUUUGCCAAAGCAGAUUUUUUUUUACCUGUCCAAACCUGCCAAUCUUUAGAAGUAGAUGUUAAUAUGGCAAUUUUAAUGUAAAGUACUGUAUAUGUUCAGAACUAAGGACCAUUAACUUCAUGUACUGCACAUCAAUCUACAUUGAUAUCAGUACACGGCACUAAUAAGUUAUAGAUCAGUACAAUAGGGAAAAAUGCUACAUGGUAAAAAAUGUUCACCAAAGCUUUCCUUCAAGUUUUCAAAUGGCCUUGGAACUAACAAACCUUGCUUUAUAGUUCCAGCCAAUAAUGCUAAUGCAAUCUCGUUAUUCAAUACGACUGUGUGCUUGUUGUGUCUUGGCACAGUUCAUAUCUGGUCAAUAAUGGUACAAAAUUAUUAUUAUCCUAUUUAAAACGUUACAAUAUAUAUUUUUACAAGCUUGUUUAUAUUUGUGUAUUCUAUGUACUUUGGUUUUGAAGCAUAUGUCAAUCAAUUAUGGUCUUACUGUCAAAUGAGAAGGUCGGCAUCGUGGCCAGUGUGAAUUGUGAUAGUUUUACACUUCAUCACAAAUAAAGGGAAAUGUAUCCUGUGAACUGUGAACGGCAUGCUAGGUGUCUGAGAUGUAAUGUACUGUACAUUUCUUGCCAAAAGAGGAGGAUGUUUGUAUGCACAUGUUAUGCACAUUUUAUCCAGUUUGGUCUUGCCAAAAACUCCAGUUUUAACCAAAGAUUAUGUUUGAUCUUUUACAUUUUACUUUUGAUAGUUUGAAAUGCAUUGUUUUUUAUAUACAUGUUUAAUUCAUUAUUAAAAUUAUAUUUUUUAUAUUGCAUAUUGUAAUAAUAAACUACAUACACCAAC